AUGCACCGCAUUCUCAUUCUUUGCCUAACAUUCUGGACGGCCAGCUCGUCCACUCUGCUGAUUCCAUGCGGCCUCGAUUGGCGGGUGAAGGAGUUGUGGGGCCAGGUGGUGGGCGAAUUCAGAUGUGUGCACAACAAUUUCAUGGUCAAAAGACACGAUGCUGGGACGAAGGAGCCAAUCAUGUUCACCUUGGACGCCAGCGAAGAGGAAUGCCCGAGGAGGUGAGGAAAUUUGGGUGUUGAAAUUAUGGCCAAAUUUUGAUCGUUUUCAGACUUGGGCAGACAAUUCAAGUCCGAAUUCGCGAUCAGAUCCUCUUCAAAAUGGCGAGGGUGAAUCAUCAUAUGUGGGAGUUGGAAAAUGGUAAGAAACAAAGUAAAAUUGAAAUAAAAAAUUUAUUUUUUAUAUUUUUUUAGCCAAUUUUAAAAAAUUUCAAAAAUGUCAAAAAAAUUUUUUUUUAACACCUACCAUUUUGUAAAGAAUUUUUUUUUGUUACAUGGCCUACAGUGACGGACCUGAUCCAGUGGCAAAAAACGUAACAUUUUGGAUCCGGGAGGUAUCAAAAAUGUGGCAAAAUACCUCCCUCUCCAAGUAAAAAACCUCCGGUUUCAAAAGCGCGCCCGCUCUUUUUGUGAGGGAGCCCUUCGAAACGAAGUUUUUUCACUUGGAGAGGGAAGCAUUUUGCCACAUUUUUGAUACUUCCCGGAUGCAAAAUGGCACGUUUUUUGCCACUGGAUCCUUCACUGUAAUUGGAGAUUGUAAAAAGGUUAUCUUGAAGAAGAUUGGACAUUUUUUAAAGCCCGUUUUAGGGAAAUCGGAUAUUAUUUUAGUGAAUUUUUGGCAGAAAAAACGAUUUUUUUGAAAUUUAGGCCGGUUUUUUUAGGGAAGCAUUUUGCCAAGAGCUCUAUAGUUUUAAGGGUACCUACGAAGGCUGUGACGACUCAUUUAGUUCCAUACGGAGGCAAUAAGUUUAGUUCCGGACAUGUUUCAUCGUAUAAAGUGUAAAAUCACAGGCUGCAGGCCGUUUUUUAGGGGUAAGAUGGUACGUAAAAAAGAAGAUACCUCACUAACUAAAUCCACUGUCCGGGCAUUGAUAACGAUGAAUUGAGCGUGUACGCGCUAAAUUUGGGCUAAUUCCGACCAGCUUCCGCAAAGUUAUAAUUUAAGGCCAAAAUAAGGAACUUUUACCAAAAAAAAACAAAAAAAUAAUUUUCAGAAUUCGGGCGCCACAUAAUUAUGGGAAAUCACAUUGGGGUUAUCCUCCGCGACACUUCGGUGACGAUCAUGGCCAGAGAGAACUUCACCUUGAGCCAUAACUUCCAAUUGGUUGAAAAACAAGUUUUCGAUUUCGAUAUCCGCGUCCGAUUUCCGGCCUGCAAGACCAUCAUCUCCGUGGUGAGGCUUUACCUUAUUUUGGCGUACAAAUCGUUUGAUUUGAGAUCUAAAUUGUAUGUAUUUUCAGCCAAUUGGGAUUUUUGCGGCUCAAGAAUCGGAUAAUUACCGGAUGCUGAUCGUGUGCCUUAUUUUGACGGGGGUGUAAGUUUACAAUUCAAUUGGACUUUUUUGAGGUUUUUGAAGGCCUCUGGCAAUCUGUAGACACGACUUUAUGGUGGUGUCUACAGCCCAUUUUAAAAUUGUAUUUUUGGGUAGGACCCUAUUUUUUGGGAUAUUAUUUUUUACCGAAAAGCCUUCAGGCCAUCUUCAAAGAUCACUUUAAUAAAUUUCGUUCGCAUCUAAUCACAAAAAUUUUCCGUUUUUUGACUAAAAAUCGACGCUCAAUGCUCAAAUUUUCUUCAAAUUCAUCAUGCAAAGUUAAACAGGCCCACAUACCAAUCUACAGAAAUUUCAGCUCUCAAUCUCAUGAAGCCGCUGAGAUAUUCAAUUCUCUUUGCAAACGAGGGAUUGUUAAAAAUGAGGAGAGCGUCAGACAAAAAUAAUCGUCUCUGACAAUCUCCUCGUCUUUUACAAUCUCUCGUUUGCAAAGAGAAUUGAAUAUCUCAGCGGCUUCAAGAGAUUGAGAGCUGAAAUUUUUAUAGAUUGGUAUGUGGGCCAGUUCAACCUUGCAUGGUGAAUUUGAAGAAAACCUGAGCAUGGCGCAUCGAUUUUUUGUCAAAAAACAGCAAAUUUUUGUGAUUAGAUGCGAACGAAAUUUAUUAAAGUGAUCUUUGAAGAUGGCCUGAAGGCUUUUCGGUUAAAAAAUAUCUCAAAAAAUAGGGUCCUUGAGAAACCCAAAAACACAAUUUUAAAAGUUUUUUUUUUGUUAUUUCCCAGUGGCCGAAAAAUUUUUUUUAAACAUUUUUUCGGCUCGUUAAUUUUUCUCUCACAAAUCAUAUUUUAUCUCAUUUCAGAGCCAUAAUUGCCAUUUCGUUCUUUGUGUGCAUGUUAAUGUGCUGUUGCAACAAUCAAAAGCCGCCUGUUCAGGUGUCCGAAUCGACCGAAGACCCCGAAUCGGUCGUUACAACCUCGGAGAGGAGCUCAAAAUCUUCGAAGAAGUGCUCCAAGACCUCAACUUAA